AUGGGUCGGAGCCAGCCGAACGUCGUCCAAGCUCGUUCGAAGCAUCUCGCUCGAAUCUUAGCUGUGAAUCCGGGCGCGCUAAUGGUCGAAGAGCCUACGCCAGAAGCGAUACAACAGCCCAAUGUCGAACCUGCACCAGAUAAUUCGGUGGUUCCUGGCACACCAGUCGUCCUGCUAGCUAUGCACGCUCCCGAACCUGCCCCCCCUCCCUUGCCGAUGAACCCGCCGCUGAUUCGAUCGCUCUUCGGACCGCUUCAACUGGAGCAAGGUAACGAAGAGGGGGUGUAG